AGCAAAAUUUAUUGUUCUCUUUUACCGUGAAUACAUAAAUAAAUAAAAUUGUAGCUGCAGACUUGUAGAUAUUCUUAAUUUUCAAUCUACCCUUACUUUUGCAGAUUGGAAAAAUUGGGACCUUUAGAGUGGGACAAGGUAGUACAUGGACAUGAAGCAUGGAGACUUAUCACUUGUAUCUGGUUGCAUGCUGGUGUUAUUCAUCUGCUAGCAAACAUUUUGAGCUUGGUAUUUAAAUGUGAAGUUUCUUAUUCCCUAAUGCUUUUCAAUUGUUAGAUUCUUGGUCUCAAUUCCUAGCAGAGCAACAUGUUGGGUUCCAAUUCCCAACUUAGGGAGAUGAUGCAAAACCCAGAAUUCAUUCGUCAAUUGACUUCUCCUGAAACAAUGCAGUUUCAGCAACUCAUGACUUUACAGCAAACUCUUUUGUCUCAGCUUGGUCGGCAACCAUCAACCCAGGAAGCAGGUCAAACCAGUGGGGGAACAGGUGCUUAUCUUUGGAAGAAUUUACUCUUUGGCUUCACUUGUGAUACCUCCAAUAGACUUAAUGCUAUUGUUUUGUUGUAUAUUUUAAAUGUUGUACAGUGGAGCUCAUCAUUUAUGAUAGCACCUUGUCUUGCCACAUCUAUAUCAAGUUUUAACAUUCUUGGUUGCAAUCAAUGAGAGGGAACUUGUCAAUGGUUAGUUCUACAAUAGGGAACUCCAAAAGAGUCUUGAGGACUGUUGGUGUGGUAAUCUUUUGAUGUUACCCCCUGACCCAUAAAAAUUACUUUCCCAGAU